UUAAAUGAUUACAUUAAUUAGCAUUGAGUUGUAAAAGAAAUAGUAGAAAGUAGUAGUGGUAGUGGUAGUAAAACUGCUUUAGGAGCAGGAAGACAAACAGGAAGACGCCCUGCUCUCAGUUUUCACACUUUAGUAUUCAGUCUGCAGCACGACAUCAUGGUGUUCAGAGCUGCCUGCAUCAAGCUGUUGAUAACUGUCAAGAUCCUGCUGUGUGCACAUGAUGACAACGUUGGUGCAGUUUUUCUUCAUGUUGUUCCAAACAGAUCACAGUUCUUUGAAUAUGAGCCAGUAACUUUUUACUGUGAGGGCGUCUCUCAUUAUAAUGUUGUACAUAAGUUGAGAGGGAAAAUAAAAUCAUGCAGCAACACUAAUGAGAAAACAGCAACAGGAUUGUCCUGCUCUAUAAAAAAUCUUUAUACGGACGAGAGUGGAGAGUUCAUAUGUGAGACUGAAGGAGGGGAGAAAAGCAACAUUAUUAACUUCACUGUUACUGCUGGUUCUGUGAUCCUGGAGAGUCCUGCUGUUCCUGUGAUGGAGGGAGAAGCUGUGACUCUGAGCUGCAGGAACAAGACAACUUCCUCCAGCUUCACAGCUGAGUUCUACAAAGAUGGACAACACAUCAGGAACAGCUCCACGGGAUACAUGACCAUCGGCAGAGUUUCCAAGUCUGAUGAAGGACAUUAUAAAUGCAGCAUUUCAGGAGCUGGAGAGUCACCAGUGAGCUGGCUGAAUGUCACAGGUCAGAACACAGGAGCUGAUCCAGAUAUUCCCCAAAAGGAAAGCCCUGCUGCCACACCUUGGAUUAUUGUCGCUGUUUUAUUGAGUGUUGUGUUGGUGGUGGGGGCACUGCGUCACUUUGGGAAAGAUUACUGGGACAGAGCACUGCUCUAUCUGUCAACUAAGGUGCGUACUUCAGAUUCAACAGAGCGUCAAGCAGAGGCCAGUGCACCUAAUGCAAGCAAAGCAACAUACGCUACUGUAAAUAAAAACAGGAAAAAAACAGAUGAAGAUGGAUUGUCUUCUGGAUCCUUUUACUACCUCGUAGAACAGGAGUGCGCUGAAGUAGAUGAAGAACCAGAAAAGUCCGCUGCAAGAAGAACUUCAUCACAUGUCUAUCAACUUGUGGCAGAUGACGCUUUUUAUUCUCUAGUACAAAAGUAAGCCAUGGUUAUGGAUACACCAGUAAGAUUGUACUUUGCAUCAAGAGAAAUUGCCUGGAACGGGAAAAACUGAGAAACUGCAGCAAAUCCAGUUCACCACCCAUGAUCCUGCGGCUCAUCAGAAGGACCAGAAAUAAAUAGGCAGCAGUUCAGAGAUGGACAGCCUGUUUCACUACUGAUCAUCUUAGAGUGGUGAUAAGCCAUUAUCCUGAUCAUCUGAUUGUUAUGAUGUCUGUGUUAUAUUGUAGAUGCCCUGUAAAGUGGCCCAACCCUACAUUUAUUUUAUAUUUUGUGAAAUAAUAACCAAACUACUUUUUUAGUGAGUCCAAAUCCAUUUGGCUGUAUCUCUCUCUCUCUCUCUCUCUCACACACACACACACACACACACACACACACACGCAAAAGUAUUCGGCCGCCUUGAACUU